AUGUCCUCGCAAAUGACCGGGAUGAAACCAGCGCACGAGCAAAGUUUCGACUUCGACGACUACGCGUACGCGCAAGCGCCCGGGUCGCACGGCGGGGGCAUCGACGGCGAAAACGCGUUCGUGCCUCCCAGGUGUGUUUUUUCGUUUUUGGAACGCGGAGUAAAAAUUAGGGGAUUAAUAUUAGUCGUUUUGAAGAUGUACCGAGCGUUUAGUAAGUACAACGAUAAACCGGGCACAGGAAAGACGGGGUAUUUUGAUAUUCCUCCGAACAAUUACCCGUUUUACAUGGAAGAGGAGAAAUACUGUCCAAAAACCACUCGCGACGGUGCCAACGUGACUGAAUGGACCGACCCGUACGAGCCGACUCCGGAACAAGAAGCCGAGGACCGCCAAAAAGCCUUCGAAGCCGGCAUCCCGCACGGCGAAUACGUCUACCGAAAACGCUACGGCGACUGCCCCAUCCUCUCCUUACUCGUAACUUCCGAACUUCACACCGACACCGAAUACGGAGGCCCGUUUUGGAUCCACGUUCCGUCUAAAAUCCGAGUCUCCGAUUUGCGCGACUACAUCCGCGACCGGUCCGGUAUCAUGCCCGGGCUCAUGAAACUCGCCUAUCGCGGUCAAAGCUUGGACGACGAGAGUCGCAAGUUGGAACACUACGGCGUGAGAUAUUGGAAUAAAAAGUUUCCCGAUUGGCCGUUGGUCAUCAAGAGAUGA